AUGUCACUUUUAUCUGACAAACAAAAAAUUUCGUCAGACCAUCCAACUAGCUGGAGAAGUCCAUGCGCGGAGCGAAAAUUAUUCAGAGUAGCUCUCGGAUUAAGGCCCAUCUCAUCCCGAGAUAUGGCCCAAUGUGAUCUCAUCGGAGGCGUUUCGGAAGAAGCGGCCGCUGCCGCCGCCGCUGCCGUUCCACAAGCCGUUGAACUCGCCAACCUACUUAUCCAUUCUGAAUCGAGCGCAACCAUAAAACUAGGCUCUGCUGCAAAUUUUUCCAAACUUCAUCAUCAGUCAUGCGCAUUUCGUGCUGGGACAGGCUUCAAAGCAGCAGAGCACAUCAAUUAUAACAUUAAUGAAAUGACGUGA